CUAGCUCCUGUGCUUUAUUGUUUUUCUUUCAAACCGGGGGUUUUUGUAACGGGAAGGCUUUGUGGGCUGCCGCUCUUAACCCCUUCCGGCCCGGGCUUUGUCUUUUCCUCCUUCUCUCGCCUGCCUGCCUUGCUUUUCCCGCCAUGGCGGCGAUGGCGAUGGCCUCGACGCCGGUGGGGCAGCGGACCCGGAGCAGCGCGGCCAGCACCCCCUUGAGCCCCACGCGCAUCUCCCGCCUCCAGGAGAAAGAGGAGCUGCGCGAGCUCAACGACCGCCUGGCCGUCUACAUUGACAAGGUGCGGAGCCUGGAGCUGGAGAACAGCGCGCUCCACCUCCAGGUCACCGAGCGCGAGGAGGUGCGCGGGCGGGAGCUCACCGGCCUCAAGUCCCUCUACGAGGCCGAGUUGGCCGACGCCCGCCGCGCCUUGGACGACACGGCCCGCGAGAGGGCCAAGCUCCAGAUCGAGCUGGGCAAGGUCCGCGCCGAGCACGACCAGCUCCUCGGAAGCUAUGCAAAAAAAGAAUCUGAGCUUAAUGGAGCCGUAGCUAGACUUCGAGAGUAUGAAGCAGCUCUGAAUGCUAAAGAAGCAGCACUUGCCACAGCCCUUGCUGAUAAGAAGAGUCUAGAGGGAGACCUUGAAGAUCUGAAAGAUCAAAUUGGUCAGCUUGAAGUUACUUUAGCAGCUGCUAAAAAACAGCUGGUUGAUGAAACAUUACUGAAGGUGGAUCUUGAAAAUCGCUGUCAAAGUUUGAUUGAAGACUUGGAAUUUCGAAAAAAUAUAUACGAAGAGGAAAUCAAUGAAACAAGAAGAAAGCACGAAACACGUCUUGUUGAGGUGGAUUCUGGACGACAAAUAGAAUAUGAACACAGAUUGGCCCAAGCCCUUCAGGAAAUGAGAGAGGAGCAUGAUGCACAAGUGAAAUUGUACAAGGAGGAACUUGAAGAGACUUACCAUGCCAAACUUGAGAAUGCAAGACUGUCCUCUGAAAUGAGUAGUUCUGCAGCCAGCACAGUAAGAGAAGAACUAAUGGAAAGUCGCAUGCGCAUUGACAGCCUUUCUUCCCAACUUGCUAAUUUGCAGAAAGAGUCUCGAGGAUGGCUAGAGAGGAUGCAAGAACUGGAGGAAAUCCUUGCUAAAGAACGAGAUAACUUCCGCAGGACACUCUCUGAAAAAGAAAGGGAGAUGGCAGAAAUAAGGGAUCAGAUGCAGCAGCAGUUAAAUGAUUAUGAACAACUGCUAGAUGUAAAACUGGCUUUGGAUAUGGAAAUCCAUGCAUACAGGAAGCUCUUGGAAGGUGAAGAAGAAAGGUUGAAACUGACUCCAAGCCCAUCUUCUCGAGUGACAGUCUCUCGGGCAUCAUCAAGCCGAAGUGUGCGUACCACAAGGGGGAAAAGGAAGAGGGUGGAUGUUGAAGAAUCAGAGGCCAGUAGCAGUGUUAGCAUCUCCCAUUCUGCUUCUGCUACCGGAAAUAUCUGCAUUGAGGAGAUUGAUGUAGAUGGGAAGUUCAUUCGUUUGAAGAAUACUUCAGAUCAGGAUCAACCAAUGGGAGGUUGGGAGAUGAUCAGAAAAAUUGGAGACACUUCUGUCAGUUAUAAGUAUACCUCACGAUAUGUGCUGAAAGCAGGCCAGACUGUUACCAUAUGGGCCGCUAAUGCUGGAGUAGUGGCCAGUCCUCCUUCAGACCUCAUCUGGAAGAAUCAGAACUCUUGGGGCACUGGCAAAGAUGUGAAAGUUGUCUUGAAAAACCCUCAGGGAGAGGAGGUUGCUCAGAGAAGCACAGUCUUCAAAACAACCAUACUUGAAGCUGAGGAGGGAGACGAAGCAGAAGAAGAAGCAGCUGAAGCUGUGGAAGAGGAGGAUCUGUUCCACCAGCAGGGAGAUCCACGAGCGGCUAACAAAAGCUGUGCAAUUAUGUAAACUCCAGUCAUCUAUAUUUCUGAAUUAUGUUAAUCCCUUCCUGCAGAGGAGAACCUCCUUGGAAGCACAACAUAUUUUUAUAUUUCCUUUUGUGAAUUUUAAAGCUGUGUCUGGCCUUAAUUUCCUUUGUCACAGAGAUGGGGGAUUUUUGUAAGUGAACCCGUAUAUAUAGCUUUUUGAAAUGUGAAAUAUCGACACUGAAUAAUCUGGGUUUUCCCCACCCCCAAAACAGCCCUCACUUUUAUGAUGGUCCUUUUUAAUAUUCUCAUUCAAAAGUAAACUACUGUGUGAGGGUUUGGUUGUUAGACUAGCCAUCUGCUCUUGUCCUUUUACAUCCUUAGGUGCUUUUGGAAGGGGAGGGAAAGGUGAAUUCAAAGAAACUUUUGUACUGAAAACUUUUGUAUUUUAGCAAUCAAGUUACGUAAAUUUUACUUGGAAUAUUUGUAAAGAACCUUUUUCUAGCAGUUGCAUCAUGAAUAGAAAGAUGAAGGAUUUGAAAAAAAAAUCCUUUGCUAGUUUUACUUUAGAUACUAAAUCAGGAUAUGGGCUUAUGUUAAUGUGUUAGGUGUGUUCUUAAAUCUAGUGUAACUUGCAUACUUUUUCCAUGUGAAAUUAACAAAUAAAAGAUAUCUUCAGACAA